AUGUCCUCCACGGAAGGCUCGAGUCGUGGGGCGGACAAGUCCCCACGCCAGCAGGUGGACCGUCUGCUUGUGGGGCUGCGCUGGAGGCGGCUGGAGGAACCCUUGGGCUUCAUCAAAGUCCUCCAGUGGCUCUUUGCUAUUUUUGCCUUCGGGUCCUGCGGCUCCUAUAGCGGGGAGACAGGAGCAAUGGUUCGCUGCAACAACGAAGCCAAGGACGUGAGCUCCAUCAUCGUUUUAUUCGGCUAUCCCUUCAGGUUGAACCGAGUUGAGUAUGAGAUGCCCCUCUGUGAUGAGGAUUCUGCCACCAAGACCAUGCAUCUCUUGGGGGACUUCUCAGCUCCUGCCGAGUUCUUUGUGACCCUGGGCAUCUUUUCCUUCUUCUACACAAUGGCCGCACUAGUCCUCUACCUGCGUUUCCACUUACUCUACACAGAAAACCAGCGCUUCCCAUUGGUGGAUUUCUGUGUGACGGUCUCUUUCACCUUCUUCUGGCUGGUCGCUGCAGCAGCCUGGGGCAAGGGCCUGACAGAUGUAAAGGUUGCCACGCGGCCCUCCAGCCUGACCACAGCCAUGUCAGUGUGUCAUGGAGACGAUGCAGUGUGCAGCACCGGUGCCACACCUUCCAUGGGACUGGCCAACCUCUCUGUGCUCUUCGGCUUCAUCAAUUUCUUCCUGUGGGCUGGGAACUGUUGGUUUGUGUUCAAGGAGACUCCAUGGCAUGGACAGAGGCAAGAUCAGGACCAGGGCCCCACCCCGGAGAGCGCUGCAGAGCAAGGAGCUGUGGAGAAGCAGUAA